AUGCUCCUGGCGAUGCGCAAGCCGAUAUCGAUGAUUUCGGCGAGGGUGGAGAGUGGCGGGACGAUGUUGAAACCAACUUGUGCGCCGAGGAAGGUGGCCGCCUCGCCCUCGGCAAGCGGGCUAAGUGGUAGGCCGCGCAACGAAAAUCGGGUGUCCCGGACACCCACCGGCCGCCGGCCCGACAGGUGCAGCGACGAACAUUUGGCCGCAUUCAGUCGGAGCCCCAGCAUCUCCAGGCUCCUGUGUGUCAAGUCGAUGGACACCUGGAGCUCCUCGAGGCUGUCCGCAAUGAGGCAGAGGUCAUCAGCGAACGCCAACACCCGAUGA